UGAGAUGUUUUACUUUGGAAUGGCUUCCAGAGGGAAUCAUUCUCCAACGUGAUUGAAGACUUUCCUUAUUAGCCAGCACAGCUGAAGGCCAUGAGUGCUGUGGUGCUCGUGCCUUGCGCAAUAGAGGAGAACUCUAUGAGCUCCAUCCAGCUUAAAGCAUAGUGUCAGUGCCCUUGGAUUAUUCGUACUGGCAGGUCAUAGUGCAGCUUCCAUCAUCACCAUUGUGACAGGUUGAAAGUUGGCACCUAAACACCAAAACCUGGCCCACUUAUAUAUUGUGAGACUGAAGCAUACAGUAGUUAUAAGGUAUGAGAAGCCUCUGGACAGCAUGUUCUGCUUGACCCGAGGGGGGAAUGCCAGGGCAAUGCCGCAAAUGAUUAGUAAGACAACAGUAAUCUGAGAUAGUGUGUGAUGGCUGGUCUGUCUGAGGUGGAGCCAUGGACACAGGGAGGAGAGAAGGAGUGCUACCAGGAGGAGCACACAUAUUCACACAGUCUAAUCCUUACACUCCAAUACACUCAGAUAUUUACAGAGGCUUACAGCCUAUCCUGUGAAUGUAUCCACCACACCAAAGGAGAUGCAGUGAGGGUGUACAAAGCUCUUCUUAUUUACUGAGAUGAAUGAUCUGCCUUUUGCUUUCCGUAUGAUGAAUUCCUGCUUCAUUUUCUUUUUAAAGUCCAAAUCCAUAUAAGUGAGGAAUCAUCAUCAUUUACCUGGCUAAGUGGUACCCAGGACACCCGGAUUUAUACACACUCUUCUGCUUUUAAACAGACAAUUUACAUGCUGAAUAAGAUUAGAAAAAUUCACUCUUCUAUCCCUGGACGUGCCUAUGCUGAAGGAUGUGGAAGAAACUAGAUUUCCUCCAGGGUAUCCUGACUCAUAUGAAUGAUGUAAGCGCUCAAGAAAAGUCUGGAAACGGCGUUACCAUGACAAGGAAGCUUCAGUAGUAAACUGUGUCUACCAUUUAUACUACAUCCGGACAACCCAACCCUUCCCAACCCAACCCAACCCAAACCAGCCCAGACGAGCCCAGCUUAGCCAGGGGGUUCCUUCCUUCUUUCCAGAAUACAUGGAGGUAAAAGGCACAGGGGGAGCAUGAUCUAUCGUCCCCAGUCCUGGCUUACAGAACAAAAUGAGGGAUUUCCCCUCGCAACCUCUUCCUUGAGGUCAACACAUCACAACGCCACCCUGAUAAGUCCAACUUAGCGGGGCACUCGCGUUUCAAUGCUCCACGUUGCUCUAAGAUGAAGUUAUGGAAAAAGGCCAUUUUUGCCUUUACACUCCUUAGUGCUGCUCUCUUUCUCCUGCUCUUCAUAAUAAUGAUACCCGCUGGGUCCAUCAUCCCCUGGGCCUCAGCUGUGUCUGUACAUCCUUCAACAACAGCACCAUCAUCACCAGUAUCAUCAUCAUCUUCGCCCAAGGUGACCAGUCAUCGGCGCGUGGCCAGAGAAUCUGAGGACAUGGGUUCCCUCUUAUCGGAGUUUUCCUACCUGUUUCAGAGCUUCACUGAGGGUGAGCUUCGGAGGGUCAUCAGGUCACUGGUGGACAGGAAAGUUGGGAGAAGGACCAAGCGCGCGAAAAGCGCAGAGGCAUGCUCAUUGCACCAGGUGGUGCUAACAGUGAGUGAGCUGGGCCUGGGCUAUGAAAGCGAUGAGACAGUGCGCUUCCGUUACUGCAGAGGGAAGUGCAACAGACGCCUCGGCAACUAUGACAUGGUGCUGAAAAAUGUGAUUAUGAGCAAGACAUCCGAGAAAGACAUAACCACUAAGGGGGGCACUGCUAAGACAGAGAGGGCACCCUACAUCCGCUGCUGCCGGCCCACCAAAUACGAGAACAUGUCAUUCUUUGACAAUAAGGCAAAAUUCUUCACCAUUCAGGACGUGUCAGCCAGAAAGUGCGGCUGUGUGUGACACUGCAGGGUUCGCUGAGAUGACUGAAGCAAAUGAGACCACUACAGCCAUGGGAUUAUCUAAGCGAUUAGAUGAUUGUAUGGAUGGGGCUUCAGAAAGAGGCUAGAGUCAAUUAGGUGGAAGUGGAAGGUAAAUCAUAUCCAGAAAAUCUCACUUGGAGAAUCCAUGCAUUUCAUAAUCCAAGCCACAGGCUAGAAGGUUGAUUCUGACCCUCUGGCAGUGCAGAAGGUAGGAAGAUGGAAGUUUUGUGCUUUUAAGGGUUUCUGCAGAGUCUUAAGCAGUUUUGAGCUCAAGAGAAAAAAAAAGAUGCUUUAAUGAUUUGACGGCAUGUGAAGUAGCAACCUUCAGUGCUAAGACACAACACUGGCCUUUUACUGAAGCCAUGAAACUGUUACUGAGUGGCAACUGCAAUAGUGAAAAUCCAGAAUAAUUUGAAAUAAGAAAUUUCCAUAUGGACUAUAGCAGUAUAGAAAAGUGUUUUUGUUUUUUUUGUAACAAAUACUAUCUACAUAUUCAAGUAUGAAGUUAUCCACAGCUACCUCAUUUGUAUUUGUUACAGAAAUAUGCAUCACACCAACUCUCUUGUGGGCAACUAUUCAUUGAUACAAAUGUUUAAAUAUACAGUCUUCUCAGGUCAAAUACUGAAAAUAACAGCAUGCAUUGUUACUUGAAGUGAAAACCCAUCAACUCACACACUCAUUUCAUUUGCUCUUGUCAAGAGUCCAACUUCUCUAAUUGUUCAUAUCAUCCCCAAGCAAAAUACAUAAUUGGAUGUCUUUUUUUUUUUUUUUUUAACUCCUCCAACUUUCAUAUAGUAGGUCAUGAACACUGUGAUGUCUGAGACACUUCUGUUAAUGUUAUAGUUGUAAAAAAAAAAAAAUAUAUAUAUGUUGUCUGUA